AUGUCCCUUGGUUUGAUCGCCUUUCGCUUGGUGGCCGUGGCCCUGGUGGUGGUCGUGGCGUGCUCGACGACCAGGGCUCGCUCCCUCCGCCUGGUGGUGGCGAUGGCGGCGUCGACGACCUGGGCUCGCAGCUUCAGCAAGCGAGCAAACUUCGACCCUUCCUGCGCGGGCGUGUACGACCGGGAGCUCCUGGGGAGGCUGAGCCGCCUCUGCGACGACUGCUAUAACGUGUUCCGCGAGCCCAAGGUGGCCACGGAGUGCAGGAGCAACUGCUUCUACAACCCGGUGUUCGUCCAGUGUCUGGAGUACCUGAUUCCGGCCGACCUGCACGAGGAGUACCAGGCCCACGUGCAGACGGUGGGCAAGUAGGCUCGUUCGACCUGCCUCGACCUGCUUCCUGAACCAGAUGUUAGGCCAUUCAAGAGCGAAGGUGACCAGAUAGCAAGUGGUCGUUCAUGGUCUUUUGUAGAAUGAUAUA